UGGAUUUAAGGAAUGGCAGGGCCCCGCAAUUUUGAUAUUCAAUAAUGAAAGGUUCAAGGAAUCCGAUUUUGAAUCGCUUAUGCAAAUCCGCGUUUGUGAAAAACAAAAUGAUAAUAUAGAGAUUGGAAACAUAGAUUAG